AGUGGUGGCACAGAGUUCCCCACGUCGUAUGGAUACGUUAGUAAAACACGACGUACGGAAAGGGUUAACUCAAUAACAGCGAAAAGAAGAGCAAGGAGAGAAAUGUGUUGGAUGUUCUGUCCGACAACGAGACUGGUGCUAUACACUUCAUUUGGGUGUAAUGGCUUGACCUUUUGGUUUCCAUGGUUUGCAGUGAAUAUUUACUGACAGCGAAGAGCAUCUAGUGUCAGUCCUGGCAUUCCGUAUAGUUAUACUCUUUCUCUUCUCUUUUCAGGUGAUGAGCACUACAACGUCUUAGAAUCACCCACAGUUGAUGUCAAAGACACACUCGGCGUGCCAACCAAGUUGUGAAAUUUUCCAAUAACUCAACUGCCCCCAGUGAUCCACAUACACACCAGAAACCGUUCACCCGUGAGCCCUUCAAUAUCAGGUCUCUUUCCAACUUACUAGCCUUUAGUGACCCAAAUACACAUCAGAAUACGGUCGACCACCAGCCCAGAAUCGACAUCAGGUAUCCUUCCAACCCACCAGUAUCCUUGAUACCAGCAGUUCCGAGUAUGUGGGAGAAUCCUUUUUGUUCCUCAUGUCAGCCCUCAAGAGACAGAACACUUUCUACGGACUAGGCAUCGACACAAAUAUCACCACAAUCAGCAAUGGCGUCUGCAGCUGUCAAAGCCACGCCCAUUUCCAACAACAGCUGGGAGAGACCAUCAUCUCCAGCAAUAACAACACUCCACUUUCCAGGUCUGCCUCCCUCCGGAAUCACCACUGCAACAGUCCCGGGAGGUACCUAUCUAGAUCGAUCAGGGAGAGGGAGAGAGGCGUGGGAGGAGCAGGAGGAGGCGGAGGAGGAGUUGGAGGAGGAAUUGGUGGAGAAGGAGGAGGAGUGCCAGGAUCGGAGGAAGCAAAGGGAGUGUGUGAGUGUGUUGGGGAAGGAAAGAAGAAGAAAAGAGAUGAGAUGAAGCUAAAACGUUUGAUCUUCCUCAUUGCUGUAUUCAUUGUGUAUGUGUCCCUUGGAGCUGUGGUUUUCAAAGAACUUGAGGGUCAAGCGGAAGUUGAUCGGAAAAACGACCUGGAAGCUUACGUAAAGAUAUUUCUAGACGACAACCCGUGCGUGAACCGGUCCCAGGUGUACGAGCUGAUGCGGAAGUCCGUAGUGGACAGCGAGAUCGUGUACUACGUGGUGGAGAACAAGACACAUCUUGACCGCUGGGACUUCAGUGGCGCCUUCGGCUUCGUUGUCUCUGUGGUGACCACCAUAGGUCUUCACGAGACCCGGUUCACCAACAUGUACCUCCAUGAGUUCUAUGUGGUCAUCGCCUACGUGUGGAUCCUCCUUGGCCUGGCCUACCUCUCCCUCGUUUACCGCUUCAUCACCGACACCAUGGUGGCCAAGGCUCAGAAAGUGGAACGAUCCACCAUCAAACGCCUUGGGUGGCCAUACAUCAUUCCUCCUGUCAUACCUGUGGCCCAUGCGUUCAUCCAGUCUUCCUCGAGGUUUGACUUGAUCAUUUGGCAGCAGGUGGUGUAA